AUGGGUACAUCUGAGAAUGAGCUAUUCAGCAACAAGAAGCAAGCAGUAGAAGCUGCUAGCAACAGACCUACUUCAGGAGCUGUAAACAUGAGCAUGUUCCUGUUGGAACCAUCUACAAUAAUGGAAAUUCCAGAUAAUCCUGAUGAAAGAAAGCUCACAAGCAACCAUGAUGUUUUACUAAAUCAAUUCUCGGCUCAACCUUCAGGGGCAUUAGGUCAAAAAGGUUCUGUGAAGUUCCCAAGUAUGGCUGUUGUUUCAGCAUCUACUUCAAGGACACGUAGCAUCCCCAAGAAUAAGGAGCAAAAGACAACUGAAAAGGUCCCUUCAUACAACUUUCCUUCAAAUGUUAAAAGCCUGUUAUCAACUGGUAUACUUAAUGGAGUUCCUGUGAAGUAUGUUUCAUGGUCAAGGGAGGUGAGUUCUGAUAUUCUCAUCUUCCAAUCUGUUCAAGGGUUUUUUCCUUAA